AUGGCUGUUGCUGCUUCGGCGGUCCGAGUUUCCUGGGAUGGCGGCUACGACAGGCCAGACCGGUCCCUGCGUGAUGUUAGCUGCUCGGAUGGAAGGACGGGGCUGAUGCCCAGGUUCCAGAGGCAGAGCGAUUUGCCCAAUUUCCCCAACAUUGGCGGCGCCGCGGCCAUUGAAGGCUGGGGCUCGCAGAACUGCGGGACUUGCUGGAAGUUGGAGUACAACGGCAUCAGCAUCAAGGUUCUGGCUGUUGACCAUGCUGGCGACGGGUUCAAUAUCGGGAAGACGGCCCUGAAUGCCCUUACGAAUGGGCGGGCUGAGGAAUUCGGCUACGUCGAUGCUGCCGUCACGCCCUUGGCGCCCAGAGACUGCGGGUUGUGA